AUGGCUGCUAUUAUUUUCUUCAGUAACGCUGGCUGGAGGAUUCAGAUUGCUGUUGGCCUGGCCUACAUCAUUCUCAAUCUCGCUUAUUGGGCCAUGGCACUCCUGACAGAGCCAUCAGAAAUGUGGAAUAUGGAUGAGCGAUAUGUGGUGGAAAGGCUUGAAGUCCAACCCAACGAUAACUUCACCCAGGUUUUGUGGGAUGCUAUCCAAACUACGGAGAAGGUCGGCUGGGUUAAAAAGACGCAGGCCGCCCCAGCAACCAAAAAUCGGAAGGGAUGGCUAGCCGAGGCGAAGGAGAACUGUCGUGACAAGAAUUGGAAUUGCGAGGCGGCGGGUGAUAAAUGGAGGCAGAUGAAACUGGAAAAGCACGAUGAAGAGUAA